AUGUGGGAUGGCAUCAUCUGUUCGCAGAGGGACUACACACUGACCAUGUACUUCCAGCAGUAUUGGAGGGAUAAGAGGCUGGCCUAUCUGGGCAUCCCUCUCAACCUGACCCUCGACAACAGAGUGGCAGACCAGCUCUGGGUCCCGGACACCUACUUCCUCAACGACAAAAAAAUCACAACCACAGCAGCCUGCAUGAUGGAUCUGAGGCGAUACCCUCUGGACGAACAGAACUGCACUCUGGAAAUUGAAAGCUAUGGUUACACGACAGAUGACAUAGAGUUCUACUGGAAAGGAGGAGACACUGCUGUGACCGGGGUGACACGCAUUGAGCUCCCUCAGUUCUCUAUAGUGGACUACAAACUGGUCUCCAGGAACGUGGUCUUUUCCACAGGUGCCUACCCUCGACUGUCUCUGAGCUUCAAGCUGAAGCGAAACAUCGGAUACUUCAUCCUGCAGACGUACAUGCCCUCCAUCCUCAUCACCAUCCUAUCUUGGGUGUCAUUCUGGAUCAAUUAUGACGCCUCAGCUGCCAGAGUUGCAUUAGGGAUCACCACUGUGCUGACCAUGACAACCAUCAAUACCCAUCUGCGAGAAACACUACCCAAGAUCCCCUAUGUCAAAGCCAUAGACAUGUACUUGAUGGGCUGCUUUGUGUUUGUCUUCCUGGCUCUGCUUGAAUACGCCUUUGUCAACUAUAUCUUCUUUGGACGAGGGCCUCAGAUGCAAAAGAAACUGGCUGAGAAGGCACUGAAAGUCAACAACGAACGCAAUAAAUUUGACAAACCCAAGUCCAUUCUGGAAGGAUUCAAUUGCAAGUCUUCGUCUCUCAAACAGUCCAAUCAGGUGCAAGGGCGUCGGCCCUCUAGGCGGGUGGACUCCCAGGGGAACAUCCUGCUCACAACCUUGGAGAUCCACAACGAGGUGGGAGGCAACGAGAUCACCACGACGCUGAGCGAGAGCCGCAACUCCUCCUCCAUGGUGUUCGACAACCAGGCCGUCCAGUACAGGAAGCCCAGCGCCUCGCAGGAGCCGGGCCGCCCCGGCCUGGACCGGAACGCGCACCUCAAGAAAACCCGCCUGCGGAGACGCUCGUCCCAGCUCAAGAUCAAAAUCCCCGACCUCACCGACGUGAACGCCAUCGACCGGUACUCUCGGAUCAUAUUCCCCUUCGUCUUCUCUCUCUUCAACAUGAUCUACUGGCUUUACUACGUCAAUUAA